UUACGAUCCGUCUACACCCGUGGACUCGUCCUUCACGCAUGGACCGGCCGUAUCAUACGUUGUUUUUGCUGACGCGGGAUGGCAUUGUAGUUGGUGUCUGCAGUCAUUGUCGCAGUUCAAAGCGAAGGCUCUGGGUUACUCUCACCAAGAUAG